GACCCUGGGCGAACGUACUUGAUUGACAGCGCUUUUCCCGCCCAGUGGUUGCCUGGAGGCAGUUUGACUGACGGGUCUGCACCGGUUGCCUGGCAGCAGCGUCCGGGAGUUCGCUGGGUCGUGCGCGCAGGUUGAGAAGUGGAAGGUAAGCACCAUGUUGGUGGAGCUGACCCGGAGCUCGCUGGCGUUGGUGCUGGGCGCGGGGGACUCAGCCUCGGACACGGAGCUGGACCUCGGCCUCAAUGGACAGCAGCUGUUUGCGGACCUGAAGGCAGAGAACGGGCGCAGUGUGUGGAACGGGCGGCUGGUGCAAGCCGUGUCCGAGUUGCAGCUGCUGGGCUGGCUGGGUUGCGGCGUGCUCCUGCUGGGCGGCCGAGCCUCGCACUUGGAGGUCCUGAGGGAAGCCUGGAUCCGGAGAGCGCUGAGACCUCCCCGGGGAUGCCGCAUCAGAGCAGUCGGUGAUGUGUCUCCAAUACCAAUGAUGCCGAUUGCUCAGUCACAGUUUGUUCCCCUGACAGAAGUUCUUUGCUGUGUUAUCGCUGAGAUGAACGAGAGUCACAUUACAGUGACCCAGGAGGCCUUGAUGGAUUACUUGGUCAAGUGCUAUCCAGGUAUAGCAUCACCUUCCCAGGAAAUCCUACAUAAUGCUCUGGGCACUCUGAUUCGGGACAGAAAGAUUUAUCACACAGAAGAAGGGUAUUUCAUUGUCACCUCGCACACCUACUUCAUUACUGGAAACACGGGGAAGCAGAACCGCUCCUGGAUGCUGAGUGAGGACCCCACACCCUCGCUGCCUCCCGUCACCUACCUGGUGAGUGUGGAGAGCUGUGAGGACACACUGAGGGAGAAAGCCUUCCCUGGAACUGCUCACUGCAAGUCCUGCUGCUGCUUCAACCUGCAGGAGUCAGGCAUCCAGGGGAGGGGGAGCUCCAGGGAGCCCAGGCCCUCAGUUCAACACCGGGCCACCUCCACAGCGGUGGGUCACCAGGGUACUGAGCCGAGCAGGUCCAAAGAGAGAGGAAAUUCCAUCCGAAAGUUUGGGCUUGGCCUAUUCCGCCGCAACACAAAGAAGGAGAGUCCCAAGAGAGAGUAUGAGACCUUCUCAGCCCAGUUCCCUCCAGAGGAGUGGCCUGUUAUUGAUGAGGCCAGCCUAGGGGACAUUCCUCGAGAUGUUGAGCUCCAAAUUAUCAAACGCAUCAAUCCUGGGCUCACGGUGGACAACCUCAUCAGGCACACCCUGCUCAUGAAAAAGCUGGCCAGAGAGAACGCCACACAAUGUCGCGGCAGCUCGGCGGAGCUGCUGGUCUGCAAGCAGAGGCAUCGCUUGAAGGGCAUCCCGCAUAAGGUGCCGGCCAGAGCACGGCGUCAGCAGCGAGUGCGGUCGGCCAGGGAGAAGCAGAGGUUGAAGCGCAGGGGAUCGCUUCGGGCCCACUCUAUCGAGGGUCUGGCCAGGCCUGAGGGAGGCCCAAGCGCAAAGGAAAUAGCGAAAGCCAGAAGAAGCGAGAGAGAGCAGCCUGAGGAGCAAAAGGCCCAGAACGACACCCCAACUACACACAUCCACAAGAGAAGAAUUGACAACCCUUUCUCCAAGCUGCCUGCCAGAGACCUCCCCUCAGUCAAACAGCACGGCUCUCGAAACACCAGGCUCAAGAACGCGAGGGCUGAGAGGCACGGCAGGGCGGCCCGGGUUUCACGGUGUUCUGACUCCACUGGAACAGAUGGUGCUGUCCCAGUGGGGGAAGAUCUCCAGGAGAGAAUCAAACCCAGUGGUGGCAGCUGUCUCCCUUCAGCUGAAGAGAACUCAACGGGCCAUCCAGAGGGUGGUGCUGGAGGGAAAGAGUGGAGACGGCUGGGUUACACAUGCCGUAGUCUUCCAACUGACUGCCAACCCCCGGAUCGCCUGAGAAAGAUCCAGAUACCAGUCGUGCCCACGGUGAACUGCCACUCAAACCACUGCCACUCUGCCCAGUCUGCAGGGACAACCCACCAAGAGCAGGAGAGAGCCAGGCACGUGCAGGUGACAAGGCAGGAAGUGAGCCACGAGUGCAAGGAUGGCCCUCUCCCUUGUGCUUGGCAGGAACAGGCUCCAACAUCAGUCCUCCAUGCAGCAGGGAACUCCGGGAGCCUGGAGAGACUCCUGAUCCAGCCUCCUCGAGUGAGCACACAGUCGGUUUCCCAAGAGCAAGUUGGUGAGCAGGACGCUGAGGCAGGUAGCAUGCCGGAGAUCAAUGGGGAGCAGAGCGAGACCUUUACUGAUGACGAUCAGACUCUGUACCAGAGAGAGCUGGAUGAGGAUGAUGCCUGCAGCUCACUGUACCUCAAUGAUGAUGAUGAAGUCACACAGCUGUCCAACCCUUCCCUUGCCCUCGGCUUUGUUACCCACACAAAUUGGCACUGCCCUGACUUUGAAAGUUCACCAGCUGAGUUGUCCAGUGAGAACUGGGCUUUGACCAGGAUCCUACUGGAGGAACAACAAACUGCAAACAGUGAGUUUUGCACCAAGCAACCAACGGGCUGGUUGGAAGCAAGUAAUGAAAGCCUGGGACCAUCCAAGCCCUGGUCUGAGAACGAGCCCCACACACAAAUGCACAAACACCGGCUGACAUCACAGCUGGGGUAUGACCACCUGGAGGAAGAGGAGCAUCCAGGUGGGUGCAGAGAAGUAGCAGACCUGGCAGGCAGUAUGUUCAAUUAUUGUGAUGCAACAGGUGCCGACUCUGAACCAGAGACCCUUCCAGACCCUCCCAGUGAAGGUGGUAGAAACCCAGCUGGCCGCAAGCUCUGGGCAGUCCAUCGAGGAACAAAAGCACGGCUGAGAAACGUGGACCCUGACGUAGAAUUUGUUCACCACUCGCACGACGCUGCAUUAUCACAAACCAGUCAAGAGGAGCACAGUCACCUGGAGACACUGGAGAACAACAGCAUUACCGGCGAUAGUGGCAUCGAUUCACCUCGGACCAGAGCAAGUUUGGCAUCAAACAAUUCCAUUGUCCUCAGCAGCCUGAAGAGGCAGAGCUUGGUGCAAAAUUACGGGACCCUGAGCAGCAGUGGACAAAGUGGGGUUUUGUCUCGGCAUCCCCUGCUACAGCUCACCCCGGUAAUGAAUGUUUGAUCGGCAGAUGUGCUCUCCAGCCAACAAAUGUAAAGUACAAGAUAAAUCUCUCGCCUGAUCUGUGUCUUAAGCUGUCUGCACUGGGAAUCAGUUGUGUAUUACACAGCUUUUAUUAAUGAAGUCUUUUACACAUGUGGCCUUUUGAUCACUUCCACUUGAGAGCUAUUCAUUUUAGUGGGAAAACUACAGUGUAUUUUUAUAGGUUACUAAAAGAAAUGUUUGAAUGAAAGUACUUCUGAAGCAGCUGAAAAUAAAUGCUUUCUUUCAAAAAAGAUAAUUGG